CAGCGUUACAAAAAAGGGGAGAUCGUCACCAAUCCAGGCGGUAUUCGAAAGAAGUUCAACGGUAAACAAUGGCGUCGGCUUUGCUCUAAGGAGGGCUGUAAUAAGGAAUCUCAACGGCGAGGUUACUGUUCGCGACACUUAUCGCUGAAGACUAAGCCUGGGCACGUGGAGCACACAUCACCGAGCAACAGCACCGGAGGAACAAGCAUGGAUUGGUUUUCACACGAGGGAGAGGAUCGACGCGAAGAUAACGCUGAA